GCGCGCCAGCAUGAAGGGAGGGAGGGGGGGUGAGAGACAGACGGACAAGCGACAAGCAGCUUGGACCAGGCGGCUAGCUGAGCGAGAUUGACGAUCGGACUCAUCGGGUCCGAUGCUGAGUUGCCAUGCAAAGGCGGGUAGGGAGUAAGUCGCGGUGAGAAUAGAGGUUGCGAUUAUUCAUACGAUGUACGAGGAACGACGGGUGAGUAAGGUACGAUUUGCGCGCAUUGCGUGUUGUUUAAACCAUGGACGGCGUUGCGCCGCCGAACCGUCCCAACUAUACUACACUCACACGGCGAGGUGAACAAGGCCAUAUAGCACCAUUGGGGGGGCCGUCAUCCAUCGGCCUCGUACUCGGGAUCCCAGACUGGCGGGAUUCCGGGAUGACGACAGCGACGGCCAGCAAGCAGAAAAAGCCCAUGGAAAUGAUGGAAACCACGGCAGAACAAACGAACAAGAUGCGGAAGCUGGCAGGUCCAUGGUGGGAAUGGCACGGUUCCCAUGGGCGUUGGCCCCAUCGUCGCCCAAUUCCGCCGCACAAUGGGCACAUUUCACCCCCAUGCGCCGGCCUUUUCGUUGUCUGCUUCUGUCUGAGACGCGCUCCCGUUACCCGCCGGCAUCAAAGUGCCCUCCUCAGUCUGCCAUUCCCACCCACCCUUGCUAGAAUGGAAGGCCGGAUGGAAGCCCUCACCCGCGUCGGAGCGACGUUUCGAGUAACUGUAUCCUAUGAACCGGCAGUGCGCUCCAUAAGCGUCACCGUCACCGUCACCGCCCCGCUGUUCUUUUGUCGCCGUGGGCUUCAUCCUCAUCUGGCGGAGGCGAGUGCCGUCCGUUCGCCUGCGAGGCUGUGGUAGCAAAACCGUCCCAUUGUGUUUCCGAUCACAUGGCCCGAGGACGGAGCCGAUACGGGUUCGAGAAGCGGCCGGGACGGUUGGACGAUAAUUUCUCGAGAUGGCUGCCAGGUACCCGCGGCGCCAAAACACGCGGCGCCGUGACAU